CCGCCCUGGCCCGGCCGCGCCGGGAGCCGUGCCCCGAGCUGGAGCCGCCGCACCUGGAGCCGCGCGCCCGCGGCCCCGAGCCGCGCAGCCGGCGCAUGGUCAACUCGCUGCUCUUCGGGGAGAUGGCCCUGGCCUUCAGCUGCCCGCCGGCCGGCGGCGGGGGCGGCCCGGGCGCGGGCCCGGGCGGCGGGGCCGGGCCGGGGCCGUCGCCCGUGACGGCGGCGCUGCGGGACGACCUGGGCUCCAACAUCCACCUCCUGAAGGGGCUCAACGUGCGCUUCCGCUGCUUCCUGGCCAAGGUGCACGAGCUGGAGCGGCGCAACCGGCUGCUGGAGAAGCAGCUGGAGCAGCAGCAGAGCGAGCGCGAGCGCCGGCUGCGCUACAAGACCUUCUCCCGCGAGCAGGCCGUGCAGACGGGGCCCGAGCUGCUGCGGCCCCCCGCUGCCCGCGGCGGCCCCCCGCUGCCCGGCGCCAACGCCAACGCCGCGGCCCCGGGCGGCCCGCAGCCGCCGCACUACGGCCGGCUGCCCGGCACCAUCUGGAGCUACACGCAGGUGCGGCGCACGGGCGGCGGCGGCGUGGAGACGGUGCAGGGCCCCGGCGUGUCGUGGGUGCACCCCGACGGCGUGGGGGUGCAGAUCGAUACCAUCACGCCCGAGAUCCGCGCGCUCUACAACGUGCUGGCCAAGGUGAAGCGCGAGCGCGACGAGUACAAGCGGAGAUGGGAGGAAGAACUGGCCAAACGCAUGAACCUGCAGACCAUGGUGGACACACUGCAGGAGGCAGCUCAGGAGGCUGAAGCCAUCCAGGAGGAGAUGAACGAGAAGAUCGAGCGGCUCAAGGCCGAGCUGGUGGUGUUUAAGGGGCUCAUGAGUGACCCCAUGACAGACCUGGACACAAAGAUCCAAGAAAAGGCCAUGAAGGUGGACAUGGACAUCUGCCGCCGCAUCGACAUCACGGCCAAGCUGUGCGAUGUCGCGCAGCAGCGGAACUCGGAAGACGUGUCCAAGAUCUUCCAGGUAGUCCCCAAGAAGAAAGAACGGAAGGUGACAUCGGAGGAGGACUCGUCGGAGCAGGAGGGGGAGGUGACGCGGUUCUCGGACGACGAGGUCGGCUCCAUGAACAUCACCGAUGAGAUGAAGCGCAUGUUUAACCAGCUGCGCGAGACCUUCGACUUUGAUGAUGACUGUGACAGCCUGACCUGGGAGGAGAACGAGGACACCCUGCUGCUGUGGGAGGACUUCACCAACUGCAACCCGUCCAUCGAGCUGCAGGGCGAGCAGGAGGAGAACCUGGGCAACUUGAUCCACGAGACGGAAUCCUUCUUCAAGACGAGAGACAAAGAGUACCAGGAGACCAUAGGCCAGAUCGAGUUGGAGCUGGCCACGGCCAAGAGCGACAUGAACCGGCACUUGCAUGAGUACAUGGAGAUGUGCAGCAUGAAGCGGGGCCUGGACGUGCAGAUGGAGACCUGCCGGCGCCUCAUCAAGGGCUCUGCAGACAGGAACUCGCCUUCCCCCAGCUCCGUGGCCAGCAGCGACUCGGGAAGCACAGACGAGAUCCAGGACGAGUUUGAGCGGGAGGCAGACGUGGAGCCCAUGGUCAGCUGAUGACGGACGCGCCCUCCGUGCCCAGGGGCCUUGGUGACCAGGCCUCCGGCCCCUCUCCCCGGGGGGCCAGGAAGGCUUCUCCGAGUGGGGCGCCAGUGUCCACCCCACAGACUUCUCUGUCCUCCCUUCUCCGGAGGCCGAGGGACCGCUGCUUCCUUCUUUCCCUCCUCCCACCCACCGCCAGCCAGUGUCCCUUCUCCGUCCCCUCCCCCACGGAAUGGUGCUGUCAAUUUCUAUUCUCCACAUCACAGAUGCUGACUUCUGUCCGGACGAUGCAGUGGGGACUGUGCCUUUUCCCUUAAGCUGAGCCACGUUGAGCUCCAAAGAAUUAUUCCUAGCAGGUGUUUUUAUACAAAACUGUAAGGCAGGGGGGACCCCUGAGCUUGGCAUCAUUUCGGCUUUUGACCCUCCCACCUGCUCCUCUGAUUGGCCGUGACCUCCCUUCCUCUGCCAGACAGCUCCCAAGGAGCUGAGAGUCUGGGGUGGUCUGUGGCCGCCCCCCCAACCCCCACCUCCAGCCAGCCCGGGCAGGAGCUAUUUGCUUCUGCAACCUUUCGGGUGCCUGAGUGGGGAUCGCUCAGGUAUUUGAGGAGGGAGAGAUGGGAGGAGGGAGGGAAGACAAAAUCUUCUUUUCU